AUGGAUUACUCCCAGAGAUCAACUCGUUCAGCUAUCUCCCCGCAACCCGAGGAUGCACACACCCACUCGUCUCUAGCAUACUCGUCUCCGACAUCCUCACCCGAAUCCCAUGGAAGAGCCCCUGUUGGGUUGGGCAUAUCCGGCUGUGGUAUUGAACAUGCAUUCGAUGAAGUGAGGGUGUUCAACGUCCCGUCCCAAGUGCCAUCGCAACUGGUCUCUCCAACACCUGAUUUUGGUCUUUCCUACAGUGAAUACACAAACGAAUCAUGCUACACACCCGUUUACGACCAACUUCAAAUUCUUUCCGCUGGAUCGCUGGGUCUCUAUAGCUCUGCGUCGAUGAGCGCGUCUCCCAGUUACAAUUCUGCUUUGGAAGUUGGCGCAGGCCAGGAUAGCUUUGCCACUGGGAUGUCCGAGCUAUGGAUGCAUACUCCCUGCUCAGACCCGACAACCCCAUCUGAUGCUGUGACUCCCCCAGCAAACUUACAAUGGAUCCAGGGGGCGGUUCCAAAUGCUGCCAUCUCCAUCCCCAUGCCUGUGACUCCACGAUCCUCCACCAAUGCCCCGCUGAGAUCAAUGGAAUUGGGAGCCGGAAGAUCAAGCAUAGCGGACGUGAACGCCUGGCAGGACGAAAUUCCACAUGAGGUCGCUACCAGCAACAUAGUCACACCGGAGCCUACUCCUCAGCCUACGAAGAGAGGCCAUGGCUCGCCUGGUAGACUUAUCUCUGCGAGCGGAAGGCAGUGUCCCACUUGUAGCAAAGUAUUCACCCGACGCUCCAACUGCAAAGAACACCAAAAGAUGCACAACCCCGAUUGGAAGCACAAUCAUCCAUGUGAGGAGUGCCGCAAAUCUUUUGGGAGGAGUUCAGAUCUCAAAAGGCACAAAGACACAGUGAGUCCAGCGAUCAGAGUCAACCAAAAUCAGUCACUCACAUGGGGGCUAGGUCCACCUUGGGAUUCGCAAAUAUUCUUGUGA